CGCGCGGCUCAACUGGCGCGGCUGAGCGAGGAGGCGCGCGUGCGCGUGCGCGUGGACGCCGAGGCCUCCGACAUCGUGGUGCUGCAGCUGAGCGCCGCCGGGCCGAACCCCGCCGGAGCCCCGGGGCGGCCGUGUCCCGCCAGGAAGGCACUGAAGGCUCUGCUGAAGGAGACGGAGAAGGAGCUGAAGAAGGCGCAGCACCGCGGGGGCGGGGGGGGGGGGGGGGGGGCGGGGGGGGGGGGGGGGCGCCCCCCCGCGGCCGCGCCGUUGGCGGCGGGGGGCGGCGGGCCGGAGGAGGAGGAGGGGGAGCGGCAGUGCCCGAUCUGCCUCGGGGACAUCGAGCAGAGGAAGACGCUGGAGCGCUGCCGGCACUCGUUCUGCGCCGCCUGCAUCGCGCGGGCGCUGCAGGUGAAGACGGCGUGCCCGGUGUGCGGCCGCUUCUACGGGCGGCUGGUGGGCAAUCAGCCCCACGACGGCCGCAUGCUGGUGAGCCGCGACGCCGCGCUGCCGCUGCCGGGCUACGAGCGGUACGGAACCAUCGUCAUCCAA